UUCGGGACAUACUGAGAGAAAUAAUAUGGGCCGGUGCCCGCCUGUGAGUUAUGGUCUGUAGCGCUGAGAUGGAGGGGCAACAUACGCGGGAUGGGGAUGAUGGCCAACCACCACUGUCCCUUCUCCAUGAAUUUUGGAGGAGGAGGAGACCAGUCGUUCUUGCCUCUCGGUCCCCAUCUCACCGAUAAUUGUAUCGUUCGCUCUUUCCUACAUCAUACCUUGCUUUGCCUCAAUUCACCCUUUGCUGCCUCAUCCAGGACAACACACGACACGAUUAGGACCCGCAUUAAAGUUAGUGCCAGUGUGCCAUUGUCAAGGUCCAGACGCAUUUUCUCCAGCUUCACCACCUCAAUAAACACCGCUGCCUCCAGUUACUUCCUGUCGUCGUCGAAGCCUCAACAUUCCUCUCACUACAUCCAAAAUGGCCGAAUCUGAGGAGCAGAAGCUGGUCCUGCCCAUCAUUGAUUCUCACAUUCAUCUUUUCCGUGAGGCCGACCUGCCCAACCACAACUGGUACGACCCCUCCAAGCCCAUCGUCUCAGGGGCGCGCUUCCUACCCGAGUUCAAAGAGGCCGCCAAAUCCGCGCCUUCACUGCUCGGCUUUGUGUUUGUCGAGGUCGACGUCAAGCAUGACCUGGACGCCGGUGAGGAGGGCUGGAAACUGCCGCUGGAGGAGGUCGCCACGCUCAGCCGGGUGGCGCUCGGUGAGCCGAGUGAGGAGGACAUUGGCGUGGACAAGGACGACGCCAAGCUGUGCCUGGGCAUCGUCCCCUGGGCGCCUAUGCCUUUGGGCGCCGAGGUCCUGGAGAAAUACAUUGCCAAGGUCCAGGAGACGGCCGGUGAGGCGUGGCCCAAGGUGAAGGGAUUCAGGUACCUCGUGCAAGACAAGCCCCACGGGACAAUGGUGCAGGACAAGUUCAUCGAGAGUCUGAAACUGCUCGGUCGAAAAGGCCUGGUAUUCGAGGUGGGCGUCGACCACCACCGGCGGGGGCGGCAGCAACUAGAUGAAUUGCUCGUCAUGAUUGAAAAGGCCCACGAUGGCGUGCCAGAGGAAGAGAGAGUCACCUUCAUCUUGAACCACCUCUGCAAACCAGACUUGUCCAUCUACAAUAUCACAUCGGACCCUGCUUUCCACGCCUGGCGCACCGCCAUCUACACCCUCUCCACCUGCAGCAAGACGUACAUGAAGCUCUCGGGGGCCUUCAACGAGAUGCCCGCUAGCCUCCAGACGGCGUCGGCGUCGCACAUCUUCCAGUCCACGCUGGGUUGGCUAGGCAUCAUCCUGGCCACGUUCGGCGCGGACAAGAUCAUGUUUGGCAGUGACUGGCCCGUGUGCACGUACAACGAGGUGGGCGACGAUGCAUGGGCGAAAUGGCGUGAUGUUGUGGAGAAGAUGUGCUGGAUGGCGUCCUUGUCAGAUGAGGACCGGGCCAUGAUUUUUGGUGGUACGGCGAAGAAGGCUUACGGGCUGUGAUAUCAACGGAGUGGAAGAAACGUGCCUCAUGUUUGAGAUAUCUCAUCGCUGUCGGGGACAGGCGUAGAAGUACAAAGUCAUCGUGAUUCAUUA